CUGGUACAGGUGUACGAAAAUAUGGACUAACGUCCUGAAAGAACCAAAAAAUAAAAAUAAAAAAGCUAGACCGCGCUAACGGCUGCCGGGUUGCCCCAAAAACAGAGAGAGAGAGAGAGAGAGAGAGAGAGAGAGAGAGAGGGAGGGAGGAGAACAGAACGAAAGUUUGAGAUGAACUCUAAAGAUUAUUGCUAAGAAGAGAAAUAGGGUUGAGAAUCUGGCUCGUUUCUGCCAAAUUUGAAAAUUUUGCAAUCCGCAGCGCUGUUUCAUUAAGUGGCUUCUGCAACUCCUUCAUCGUCUGCACCGCAAUAUUGAAUCACAGCCAUGACUGAGUAUUGGGUUAGCCAGGGCAACAAAUGGUGUGAAUUCUGCAAGAUUUUCAUAUCCAACAAUCCUUCAAGCAUUAGAAACCAUGAGCUUGGUCAACGUCACAAGGAUAAUGUUGCUAAAAGACUUGCUUCUAUGAGAAAAGAAAAAGCAGCCAAGGAGAAGGAAGAAAAGGAAGCAGCUCGAGCCCUUGAGCAGAUUGAAGCGAAAGCUAAGCGCAGCUAUCAGAAGGAUAUAGCCACAUUUCGGGAGACGAGAGAUGCAAAUGUGCAAGCAUUAGGUGCUCAAGAGGAUGAUGAUGAUCUAGGGUCUGCCAAAAGUUUUGCAGCAUCCAGAUGUGAAUGGGAUUAUGACAGCACUUCAGGUUAUUACUACAAUCAAGCAACUGGUUGUUACUAUGAUCCAAACUCCGGUUUUUACUAUUCUGAUUCUAUAGGCAAGUGGGUGACCCAGGAAGAAGCAUUUGCUGCAUUGCAAGUAUCUUCAGAUUUCAAGCCAAAAGAAUCCACACUGAAAAAGCUAUCAUCUUCGGAGGCAAGACAAGUACCAGAAAACAAAAAUGCAGUCAAGUCUCAAAAUGGGACCACACCUGGGUUGGUUGUUUCUGUGUCUUUAAACCCUAUGAGAUCCAUUAAAGGGGCUCCUUCAUCAGUCACUGUUGGCAAGAGAAAGAGGCCAGAUGAGAAGCCAAAGGCUAUGUCUGAAGAGGAAGCAGCUGCACUGAAGGCAAGGGAGGCUGCAAAGAAGAGAGUUGAACGAAGAGAAAAAAAUUUGCUUGGCCUUUACAAUUCACGCUGACAAUUGUAUUGGAAGUGCUCAAACUUCUUUUUAAUUUAUAAGAGGUAAUGUGAAGUAUCUGGCAACAGGAGUGGGAAAGGAGCAACAUCUGCACAAGGAGUUCUGUAAUAAACUUGAAGCCCUAAUUUACAUUAUUUGAGAUCCCCCAAGAUCCAAGAGUUUGCACACAACCCAAAUGAAAUGAAAUAGGGGUAAAACUUUGGUGUAGGGAUCCUUGGACCAUUCCAGUCUUAGGAAUAUGUUGGGUUCUCAAAUGUGCACAAAAAUAUUUUCAUAGUUGAGGUCCAAUUACUGUUCAAAGUGUCUGAAGUCCCUUGGGAGUGGGCUAUGGCAUUCAUAUAAUUUUCCGAGGACCCAAACAUCAAUUUGAAGUGAGAAUUCUAGCAUGCAUA